AUGGAUUUAUCCCUAGCUCCGACAACAACAACAACUUCCGACCAAGAACAAGACAGAGACCAAGAAUUAACCUCCAACAUCGGAGCUAGCAGCAGCUCUGGCACCGCCGAAAACUACAACAACCUCCCGACGAUGAUGAUUCCCCCGCCGGAGAAAGAACACAUGUUCGACAAAGUGGUAACACCAAGCGACGUCGGGAAACUCAACCGGCUCGUAAUCCCUAAACAACACGCGGAGAGGUACUUCCCACUAGACUCAUCAAACAACCAAAACGGCACGCUGUUGAAUUUCCAAGACAGAAACGGCAAGAUGUGGAGAUUCCGUUACUCGUAUUGGAACAGUAGCCAGAGCUACGUGAUGACCAAAGGAUGGAGCCGUUUCGUCAAAGAGAAAAAGCUCGACGCUGGAGACAUCGUCUCGUUCCAACGAGGAAUCGGAGAUGAGUCCCAAAGAUCGAAACUUUACAUUGAUUGGAGGCACAGACCCGACAUGAGCCUCGUCCAAACACAUCCCUUUGGUAAUUUCGGUUUCAAUUUCAAUUUUCCGACCACUUCUCAAUACUCCAACAGAUUUCAUCCAAUGCCGGAAUAUAAUUCUGUCCCCAUUCACCGGAGCAUGAACAUCGGAAACCACCAACGUUCGUAUUAUAACAGUCAGCGUCAAGAGUUUGUAGGGUAUGGUUAUGGGAAUUUAGCUGGAAGGUGUUACUACACGGGAUCACCGUUGGAUCAGAGGAGCAUUGUUGGAUCUCAGCCGUUGGUUAUAGAGUCAGUCCCUGUUGUUCCGGGAAGAUUAACUCCGGUGAUGAUGCCGCCGCUCCCUCCUCCUCCUUCUACGGCGGGAAAGAGAUUAAGGCUCUUUGGGGUAAACAUGGAGUGUGGUAAUGACUAUACUCAACAAGAAGAGUCUUGGGUGGUGCCACGUGGUGAAAUGGGUGCUUCUUCUUCUUCUUCAGCUCUGCGACUAAAUCUAUCGACUGAUCAUGAUGAUGAUGAUGCUGAUGUUGAUGGCGAUGGUGAUGAUCAAUUUGCUAAGAAAGGGAAGUCUUCAUUUUCUCUAGAUUUCAAUCCAUGA